GGCCGGGAAGCGGAGGCGAGCGGCAUGGAUGCCCACGAGCUCUUCCGGAAACUGGGCGCUGGAGCCAAAUUCGACGUGAGGCGCUUCAGGCGGGACGCCGAGCGUUUCGGGGUACUAAGAACUAAAGAAGCAACAGAAACAUCAGAGAUUCUUGGAUCUCUUGAUUUUUUUGGAAAGAAAAGAAAAGAAAACGAACUCCAUGAAGCUCAAACCAAAACAUUAGAACUGUCUAAUUUGCCCCUUGAAGAGGGAGCAGUACCACAGAAAACACAGGCUGCAAAGAAGAGAAAAGGAGAUGGACAAAGUACCAAGGGGAGGGGAAAAAAGAAAAAAGGCCAAGAAACAGUUGCUGUAAUUCCUGGUACUGAAAAUGAUGGUAUAUUAUGGAUGUCCACUCUGGAGGCAAAACUUGACAUUCCAAAAAGCAAGGGUAAAAAGGAACCCAAAACAAAGAAAUUAAAACAAGUUAGACAAGAAAAGAUAAAUCAUUUCAGAAAUAAGCACAAAAUCUACAUUCAAGGCACAGAUCUCCCAGACCCAAUCGCUUCCUUUGAAGAACUUGGAAGAGAAUAUAAAAUCCACUCUAAGAUUAUGCAGAAUAUUGAAGCUGCUGGAUUCCAGAUUCCUACACCAAUUCAGAUGCAAGCUAUUCCCAUCAUGCUACAUGGUCGUGAGCUCCUGGCUUGUGCUCCCACUGGCUCAGGGAAGACGUUGGCAUUCAGCAUUCCCAUUUUGACCCACCUCAAGCAGCCCAUGAAUAAAGGUUUCAGAGCUCUUGUGCUGUCGCCCACACGGGAACUUGCUAGUCAGACCCACAGAGAGCUACUUAAGUUGUCUGAGGGCAUUGGCUUCAGGAUACAUUUGAUUCACAAAGCUGCUGAAACAGCAAAGAAGUUCGGGCCAAAAUCUUCUCAGAAAUUUGAUAUUUUGGUGACUACUCCAAACCGACUUAUCUAUCUGCUGAAACAAGACCCUCCAGCCAUAGAUCUGACCAGAGUGGAAUGGCUGGUAGUCGAUGAGUCAGACAAAUUGUUUGAAGAUGGGAAAACAGGAUUCCGAGACCAGCUGGCUACCAUCUUCUUGGCCUGUUCCUCCCAUGUUGUCAAGAGAGCCAUGUUCAGUGCAACAUUUGCACAUGAUGUGGAGCAGUGGUGUAAACUCAACCUUGACAAUAUCAUAUCUGUAUCCAUUGGAGCAAGGUGA